AGGUACUUAAUCGGAUAUGGUUGCCGCCUUCUUCCUUCUAUGGCUGCCAUUGUUUCUCAGCAAGCCACCGCAAUCGCAAUCGUCCAGGCGCCGUCUUCUUCAACCUUUUCUCAAUCUUUUUCAUCUCCUCGUUAUCUAUUCCUGCAAUCAUCUCUCAGGCGAUCUUCAAAACAACAGUUUCCUCUCUGUUUCUAUAACUCCGAACUCACCAUUUCCUCAGUUUCCUCUCCCGUCCCAUUGAUCCCUAAUCUCCAACUUUCUAACCCUAAUUUCCCACUUCCUUCCUUCGUUCCCAAUAACCUUCGCAACAAAUAUGAAUCGGAGAGUAUUAUCCGCGACUACAUCGAUUUGCUUCGUCUUUCUGUUCGUCACAGAGAUAUCAAGCUUACAAAAGUGGUUCACUCAUCAAUUCUCAAACUUCAAGAGGAUACAUAUCUCUGCAACGCUCUCAUUUCGGCUUACCUGAAGUUUGGCUUGAUAAAUCAUGCGUUUAAAGUCUUUUACAUGCUUUCUUCUCCGGAUGUGGUGUCGUAUACCACGCUGAUUUCAGGGUUUGCGAAGUGUAAUCGCGAAAUUGAAGCCUUGAAGCUGUUCUUUAGGAUGAGGAAUUCAGGUAUUUCGCCUAAUGAAUUUAGUUUUGUGGCAAUACUUACUGCUUGCGUCCGUUUAAUGGAUUUGGAAUUGGGUUUUCAAGUUCAUUCAUUAGCAAUCAAAAUGGGUUAUUUGGGCAGUACUUUCGUUUCUAAUGCUCUAAUGGGACUGUAUAGUAAAUGUGAUUGUUUAGACUUGGUAUACCAACUGUUCGAUGAAAUGCCUCAAAGAGAUGUUGCAUCAUGGAACACUGUUAUAGCUGGUGCAGUAAAAGAAAAGAGGAUUGAGAAAGCAUUUCAAUUGUUCAGAUCUAUGCACAUAACUCAUUUUUUAGAAGUUGACCAUUUCACAAUCUCGACCCUACUGUCUGCCUCUGGUGAUGGUUUGGCAAUCACCAAAGGCCGUGAAAUCCAUGCUCAUGCAAUCAAAGUCGGGUUAGAGACUAACUUGAGCGUAAACAACGCACUUAUCGGUUACUAUAUAAAACAUGGUAAAGUAGAUCAAGUUGAGGCAUUAUUUGAAAAGAUGAUUGUGAAAGACACGAUUACAUGGACAGAAAUGAUUGUCUUGUACAUGGAUAUUGGACGUGUUGAGUUAGCUAUGAAUAUCUUUCGUAGUAUGCCAGAAAAGAAUUGUAUAUCGUAUAAUGCUUUAUUGGCAGGGCUUUGUCGAAACGAAAAAGGAUCAACAGCUUUGGAUUUGUUCUGCAGAAUGGUUCGUGAAGGAAUUGAGUUAUCUGAAUUCACCUUGACUAGUGCUAUCAGUGCUUGUGGUUCGUUUGGUGACUUGAAGAUAAGCCAACAGGUUCACGCAUUUGUCAUCAAGUUUGGGAUUAAAUCAAAUGACUUAUUAGAGGCGGCAUUGAUUGAAAUGUGCGCCCGAUGUGGACGGUUGGAUGAUGCAGAGAUAAUGUUUCAGGACCGUCCUAUCGACGAUGGAAAUCCUGUAAUAUGGACAUCCAUGAUAUCUUCUUAUGCUCAAAACGGACGAGCUGAAGAUGCCAUUUCUCUUUUCUUAGAAGGGCUUCUCGAAAAUGGUUUCAUUAUCGAUAAUGUCUUGUUAACUACUAUACUAGGGUUAUGUGGAACUUUAGGAUUUCAGUUUAUGGGAGAACAACUCCAUUGCCUAGCUUGUAAAUCAGGUUUGAUAUCUGAUAUUGGAGUUGGAAACGCUUUAACGAGUAUGUAUUUCAAAUCAUGGAGUCCCGAAAACGCAAUUAAUAUCUUCAAUUCUAUGGCCAUCCGCGAUCUAGUUUCGUGGAAUUGUAUGUUGGCCGGUUAUCUUCUUCACAGACGGGGCGACGAGAUAUUGAGCAUUUGGUCGAGAAUGGAAAGGGAAGGUAUAAAACCGGACUAUAUUACGUUUCUUUGUGUAAUAUCGGCUUAUAGAUAUACGGAAGCUAGUUUAAUCGAUCAAUGUCGUAAACUAUUCUUGUCGAUGAGAAGUUCAUACGGGAUUGAGCCUACUUCCAAUCAUUACGCCUCCAUGGUAUCGGUUUUGGGUAGCCGCGGUCUGCUUGUGGAAGCGAUGGAAUUAAUUACGAAAAUGCCAUUCAAGGCAGAUGUUUUGGUCUGGCGAUCUUUGCUCGACGCCUGCAGAAUCCAUUCGGAUAUUACAAUUGGAGAAUAUGCAGCGAAACAAAUACUUUCGAUGGAACCGAAAGACGUCUCAACUUACGUGCUCGUUUCGAACUUAUAUUCUUCGUCUGCGAGAUGGAAGUGUGCUGAAUCGGUUAGGGAUGAGAUGAUUAUGAAGGGUUUUUGUAAACUACCUGUUAGAAGUUGGGUUGUGAACGAAAACGCAGUCGAAUCGUUUUACGCGAGAGAUCAAACGCAUCCUAGAUCGAAAGAUGUUUGGGCGGGAUUGGAGAUACUUAUAUUAGAAUGUUUGAAAGUUGGAUAUGUGGCGGAUACUAGAUUUGUACUACAUGAAGUGGGUGAGCGUCAAAAGAAGGAUUUUUUGUUUUACCAUAGCGCGAAACUUGCUACUUCUUAUGGGCUUCUUACGACGAAACGUGGGAAACCUGUUCGGGUGGUUAAGAAUGUUGUUCUUUGCGGGGAUUGUCAUACGUUUAUGAAAUAUGUUUCGGUUGUUACUAGGAAGGAGAUACAUUUUAGGGAUGCUUCGGGUUUUCAUUGUUUUAGAGAUGGUUUAUGUUCUUGUAAAGAUUAUUGGUAAAGAUUAAUAGCUAGGGUAUUAUAGUUUAGUUGGUAUAGAAUGUAAACUAUUGUAAGUUAUUUGUUAAAUAGAAUUUUGUUUAAAAG